AUGGUAAAAUUAUUAAAAUGUUCAGGAAUUGUGCAAGUUAAUGCAAAAGCAACCAGAUAUUUGGACAGUCUUGAUGUAUGGCAUAUAGAAGUUGCUGGUCCUUUUGAUAAUACUACCAAUGAUCAUAUUAUUAAUGAUACAAGAAAAUCUCUCUGUACAGAUCUCUUGAACCUGAUAAUAAUACUGCGAAAUCACCUAGAUUGUGAUGUGAACACUACAAUAAAAAUAAAGAUGUUUUGUAUUCAAACAAUCAAAACCAGGUUAACUCUUUAUGCAUUAAAUAUGCUCUCUAAUGGUUAUUUUUUUUCAUCUGAGCUCAUCUCUGUUGAUAUUUCAUUCAGCUUCAAUGGUAAAAGCCAGUAUAAAUCUAUACUUAGAAUGAUGGCAAUAUUUCAUGAUGAGAUUGCAAAACAGGUGAUGCUAAUGGAUGAGAUCAAUAAAUGUGUACUUCGAUCAAACAGAACUACUGUUUGUGCUACUCAAUAUCUUCAAUCGAGUUUCGGCAUAGUAUCACUGGAUUAUGAAAUUAUGA